UAAUUUUCUGCAACAGAAUCUAAACAGACAGAGUGAGAGAAACCAAACACAGAUCCAUAGAAAAGCAUUAAUGCUCAUCAGUCACCGAAAAAUGUCAGUGGAAGCAGGCAGCAUGGAAACCAUUGAGGUUACUCAAGACAAGAUUGUCAAAAAGGGGUCCUUUAGGAAGAAGAUAGAGAAGUUGAGGAGAUGGAGCACUUCUUCAGGUGGUGGCAGCUUCAAACGGCCGCCCAAAACUAAAACCCUCAGUCUGAACUCACCCACUGACCCUGACACAGAGCCCCUCGGAGUUGAGACGGAGCGCAGGAAACUCAGACCCAUUGUGGCAUCUGUCUUUGGUCAGGACAGAAAUCUUCGGCCAGAGGAAAUUGAAGAGUUAAAAGAAGCCUUCAGAGAAUUUGACAAAGACAAGGACGGCUUCAUUAGCUGUAAGGAUCUGGGCGAGUGUAUGAGGACGAUGGGCUACAUGCCCACAGAAAUGGAGCUGAUUGAACUCAGUCAGCAAAUCUGUGGCGGUAGAGUGGACUUCGAGGACUUUGUAGACCUGAUGGGUCCAAAGAUGCUGGCUGAGACAGCAGACAUGAUCGGAGUGAAAGAACUCAGAGAUGCUUUUAGAGAGUUUGACUCCGACGGUGAUGGUCAGAUCAGUCUGGCUGAACUGAGGGAAGCUAUGAAGAAGCUGAUGGGAGAGCAGCUCAACCACAGAGAGAUUGAUGAGAUCCUCAGGGAUGUUGACAUCGAUGGAGACGGACAGGUUGACUUUGAAGAGUUUGUCCGAAUGAUGUCUCGCUAACUAAGAGGACUCAUGAACAAAGAAGAGAACAAUCAGUUUCCAACUCCAGACUUGAAGAGUGAAAUAUUGCAUCUGCUUUAAUUAACUACCUAAUGAAAUUAUUUAAACCAUACUCUUUCUUCAUACAGGGACCUUUAGUUUACAUAUUUGCUUGCUUUUAUGACAAAGAGGAAAAGUGUGUUUCUUUAUUUAAUUUAUUUUAUCAUUUUGGUCUGAAAAAA